UAAUGGCUACUGUCAAUAGAGUGCAAGCACUCCCUUGAUUAAAUACACGUAGGAAGAAGAGAUUCUUCACAAAAUGAUUGUAUAAUAAAGUGAGGUGAAAGAAAACUCACUUCUCCAAUACGAGAAUGCCUACUUUGAGUAAGAAAAGAGAUUUGACUCCAAAGCUGGAGCACAGUAACCGUAAAGAGAGAACACCUCUGUUUGGCAGAAAAGGACCAAGGCUUGAUAGAAAAUUUGAAAACCUGCUAAAAUUGACCCAUAAAUCUGCUAUCCAAACCUUAAAGUGGAGACUAAGAACUUAUGAUGAAUUCUCUAAUGAUUUAGCAUGACAAUCAAGAAAUAGAGAGAAGAUACCCAUUGAUUUAAAAUUUGCAUUGAGAAAUGAAACUCCAAAGACCCAACAAAUUAUCUAUAAAAAGAACAUUGAACAAAACUCAUACGGAACCUUUGUACAUAAGGACACAAGAGGCAAAUAGCUCUUCAAUUUUCCUUGUAACUCCCCAAAGCAAAAAGGGUCCCACAAAGUCACCUCAGAUGUCAACACCAACUUUUCUCCAAGCGAGGCUUGCUAAACAUUUAGCAUCCUCCCCAACUGGGUCUUUGCUGAAUUACCCUUCUCCAUCCCAGCAUAACCCUCUUUUCCAACCUAAGAAGAGAAAUACUUACUCUUAAGCUUCUCCUGAGUCUAAUCCGACCCUUAAUUAAUUCGAUAUUAAUAACU